UUCCGUCGGCCAUUUUAGGUGGUCCGCGGCGGCGCCAUUAAAGCGAGGAGGAGGCGAGAGCGGCCGCCGCUGCUUAUUCUUUUUUAGUGCGGCGGACGAGAGUGGGAGUGCGCGCCGCGCGAGAGUGGGAGGCAAGGGGGGCAGGCCGGGGAGAGGCGCAGGAGCCUUUGCAUCCACGCGCGCCUUCUCUGUCUUGUUGUGUGCUUCGCGCGGUAGAGCGGGCGCGCGGCAGCGGCGGGGAUUACUUUGCUGCUAGUUUCGAUUCGCGGCAGCGGCGGGUGUAGUCUCGGCGGCGGCGGAGGCAGUAGCACUAUGUCGGAGGAGCAGUUCGGCGGGGACGGGGCGGCGGCGGCAGCAACAACGGCGGCGGUAGGCGGCUCGGCGGGCGAACAGGAGGGAGCCAUGGUGGUGGCGGCGCAGGGGGCAGCGGCGGCGGCGGGAAGCGGAGCCGGGACCGGGGGCGGAACCGCGGCCGGAGGCACCGAAGGAGGCAGCGCCGAGUCGGAGGGGGCGAAGAUCGAUGCCAGUAAGAACGAGGAGGAUGAAGGCCAUUCAAACUCCUCCCCACGACACUCUGAAGCAGCGACGGCACAGCGGGAAGAAUGGAAAAUGUUUAUAGGAGGCCUUAGCUGGGACACUACAAAGAAAGAUCUGAAGGACUACUUCUCCAAAUUUGGUGAAGUCGUAGACUGCACUCUGAAGUUAGAUCCUAUCACAGGGCGAUCAAGGGGUUUUGGCUUUGUGCUAUUUAAAGAGUCGGAGAGUGUAGAUAAGGUCAUGGAUCAGAAAGAACAUAAAUUGAAUGGGAAGGUGAUUGAUCCUAAGAGGGCCAAAGCCAUGAAAACAAAAGAGCCUGUUAAAAAAAUUUUUGUUGGUGGCCUUUCUCCAGAUACACCUGAAGAGAAAAUAAGGGAGUACUUUGGUGGUUUUGGUGAGGUUGAAUCCAUAGAGCUCCCCAUGGACAACAAGACCAAUAAGAGGCGUGGAUUCUGCUUUAUUACCUUUAAGGAAGAGGAACCAGUGAAGAAGAUAAUGGAAAAGAAAUACCACAAUGUUGGUCUUAGUAAAUGUGAAAUAAAAGUAGCUAUGUCGAAGGAACAGUAUCAGCAACAGCAACAGUGGGGAUCUAGAGGAGGAUUUGCGGGAAGAGCUCGUGGAAGAGGUGGUGGCCCCAGUCAAAACUGGAACCAGGGAUAUAGUAACUAUUGGAAUCAAGGCUAUGGCAACUAUGGAUAUAACAGCCAAGGUUACGGUGGUUAUGGAGGAUAUGACUACACUGGUUACAACAACUACUAUGGAUAUGGUGAUUAUAGCAACCAGCAGAGUGGUUAUGGGAAAGUAUCCAGGCGAGGUGGUCAUCAAAAUAGCUACAAACCAUACUAAAUUAUUCCAUUUGCAACUUAUCCCCAACAGGUGGUGAAGCAGUAUUUUCCAAAUUGAAGAUUCAUUUGAAGGUGGCUCCUGCCACCUGCUAAUAGCAGUUCAAACUAAAUUUUUUGUAUCAAGUCCCUGAAUGGAAGUUUGACGUUGGGUCCCUCUGAAGUUUAAUUCUGAGUUCUCAUUAAAAGAAAUUUGCUUUCA